CUCGUGCAGAAAGGACACAGCUGCUGCACUCAUCUGACCACAGCAUGCACACACACACACACACACACACACACACACACACACACACACACACACACACACACACACACACACACACACACACGCCAACAAGUGCAGAUUAGUGUGGGAUUGGAGGCUGUCCUGCCACCUGACUGAGGCAGACUCACUUGGCUCCAUGUUCUACUUUGAGCGUCUUCCAUAACGGUUGCAGCUGUCAGCUGAUGGACGCCGUCACGCCGUGAAGUCCGGACUGAUGAGUCCAAGCGGAAGAAACUUUUCCCCGUGAGUCCGAGCACCUGAAUGGAUCUGGAGUGAGCAUCGAGCGGCAUCUCUCCAAGGCGGAUGAGAAGGACCGUGUUACGGGAGGCCGCCAAGCGCUUCCCCUGGCUGGCCAACGUGACCUUGUACGGCUGCCUGUUCGCCGGCGGGGACCUGGCGCACCAGCUGAUGGCGCCCAAGGAGCGCCUGGACUGGAGGCGCACCGGCAACGUGGCCGCCGUGGCCACCGCCUUCCACGGGAACUUCAACUACUUCUGGAUGCGGGCCUUGGAGCGACGCUUCCCCGGGAAGUCUGCCGCCAUGUUGUUCCGCAAACUGCUGCUGGACCAAAGCUUUGCGUCGCCUUUGGCCACCAGUGUCUUCUACACGGGGGUCAGCUUCCUGGAGGGCAAAGAGGACAUCUUUGAGGACUGGAGGGAGAAGUUCUUCAACACGUGGAAGACUGGACUCAUGUACUGGCCUUUCAUGCAGUUCCUGAACUUUGCGCUGAUGCCGCUGCACAUGCGGACGGCCUUCAUGGGCUGCUGCGCCUUUCUCUGGGCCACCUUCUUGUGCUUCUCCCGCCAGGACGGCGACGGCACGGCCGCCGUGGCCCUGGCCUUCGUCAUGGACCCCCGCAAGACUCUGGAGGACAUGCGCCAGGCCCGCUUGGCCCGCAACAGGGAACGCUCGCAGAGGGAGAACUAGCGAGAGGAGCGCCGUGCAGGUUUUUAAACUGGUGUGUCAUCUACUCUGCCGCCACUAGGGGCGCUCUGAGAGUGUGGAGGAAGGUCAGGACCCAGGAGCACCUGUUGGUCCAAGGCCACUUCCUCAUGGACGAGUAUUUUUAAAAUGAGACGCAAACAUCUUGUAGCAGUCUGUCUUUUAAGGACCUCAAUUCUUGAGUUUGCACAAUGCCAAAAGGUCAAGUAUAGGCUCAGCAACUAACAUGUUUGUUUUGUUAUCAUAUUUGUCCGACAAAUGAAGCUGCUACACCAGGGGUGUCCAAAGUGCGGUCUGGGGCACAUUUGCAGCCCGUUUCGCUUCUUGUUUUUAUUGACACAUUCUAAAGACAAAAUAAAAACAUCCUGGAUUAGAGCAUGACAUGCAAAAACUAGAAUAUGCAAUGUGCACGGCGCUAAAAAUGCACGAGCCGAACUUAAAUGCUACCGUUAGCAUGCUGACAAGUUUUAAUGUGUGAGUAAUCAAGUCAUUUGACUAUUAAGCGUACACAUUUAAAAUUAGCUACAAAAAAAAGCUAGCAUGCUAACAGUUAGCAUGUAUCAAGUACCAAGUUAUUUGACUGAGGUGUUCGACUGCAAAAUUGGCUGAAAAUGUUAGCAUGCUAAUGUUAGAAGGCUAAUGUGAGCAUGCUAACAGUCAACAUGUGUCAAGUACCAAGUUAUAUGACCCCGAGGUGUUCGGCUGUAAAAUUGACUAAAAAAAGUUAGUAUGCUGACAUUUAGCAUGUAUCCAAGUACCAAGUUGUAUGAGUCUUGAGACGUUUGGCUAAAAAGGUUAGCAUACUAAUGUUUGUAUGCUAGAGUGCUAUCACUACCAUGUAUCAAGUACCAAGUUAUGUGACUAAGGUGUUUGGCUGUAAAAUUGGCGAAAAAGAACAGCAUGCUAAUGUUAGAAGGCUAAUGUGAGCAUGCUAACAGUCAACAUGUAUGAAGUACCAAGUUAUAUGACCCCAAGUUGUUCGGCUGUAAAAUUGACUAAAAAAAGCUAGCAUGCUAACAUUUAGCAUGUGUCAAGUACCGAGUUGUAUGAGUCUUGAGACGUUUGGGUGCAAAAUUGGCUAAAAAGGUUAGCAUGCUAAUGUUAGUAUGCUAUGCUAUCACUAGCAUGCUAACAGUUCACGUGUCACAUUCCAGAUAAUGUGCAAAAUUGGCUAAAAAGUUUAGCAUACUAAUGUUAGUAUGCUAUGCUAUCACUAGCAUGCUAACAGUUAACGUGCCACAUUCCAAGUUAUGUGAUUCUGAGGUGUUCGGCUGUAAAAUUGGCAGAACAUUUCAGCAUGCUAAUGUUAGUAUGUUUGAAGGCUAAUGUGAGCACGCUAACAGUCGACAUGUGUCAAGUACCAAGUUAUAUUACCCUGAGGUGUUCGGUUGUAAAAUUGACAGAAAAAAAGUUAGCAUGCUCACAUUUAGCAUGUUCAAGUAGCAAGUUAUAUGACUGAGGUGUUUGGCUGCAAAAUUGGCUAAAAAGGUUAGCAUGCUAAUGUUAGUCUGUUGGAAGGCUAAUGUGAGCAUUGUAACAGUUAACAUGUGUCAACUUUCAAGUUACGCGACUCUGAGGUGUUUGGCUGCAAAAUUGAGUAAUAAAUUAGCAUGCUAACAUUUAGCAUGUGUCAAGCAAGUGUGAGGACUUUGGCUGCAAAUUUGGCUAAGAAAAUUAGCACACUAAUGUUAGUAUGCUUACAGUAUGUAUCAAGUAGCAAGUUAUGAGUCUGAGACGGUAGGCUACAAAAUUGGCUAAAAGGUUGACUUGCUAACAUUUAGCAUGAGUCAAGUACCAAAAAUAUAUGAGUCUGAUGCAUUUGGCUGCAAAUUUGCUUAGCACACUAAUGUUAGCAUGCUAACAGUUAACAUGUCAAGUAGCAAAUUAUGAGUCUGAGAUGUUCGACUACAAAAUUGGCUAAAAAGUUGGCAUGCUAACAUUUAGCAUGAGUCAAGUACCAACUUAAAUGAGUCUGAUGCAUUUGGCUGCAAAUUUUCUGCAAAAUUUAGCACACUAAUGUUAGCGUGCUAACAGUUAACAUGCCAAGUAGCAAGUUUUGAGUCUGAGAUGUUUGACUACAAAUUGGUUAAAAAGUUGGCAUGCUAGCAUUUAGCAUGAGUCAAGUACCAACUUAAAUGAGUGAUGAAUUUAGCUGCAAAUUUUCUGCAAAAAGUUAGCACACUAAUGUUAGCGUGCUAACAGUUAACAUAUGUCAAGUAGCAAGUUAUGAGUCUGAGAUGUUCGACUACAAAAUUGGCUAAAAAGUUGGCAUGCUAACAUUUAGCAUGAGUCAAGUACCAACUUAAAUGAGUGAUGAAUAUAGCUGCAAAUUUUCUGCAAAAAGUUAGCACACUAAUGUUAGCGUGCUAACAGUUAACAUAUGUCAAGUAGCAAGUAACGAGUGUGAGACUUUCGGCUGCAAAAUUGGCUAAAAAGUUGGCAUGCUAACAUUUAGCAUGAGUCAAGUACCAAAUUAUAUGAGUCUGAUGCAUUUGGCUGCAAAUUUGCUGCAACAAGUUAGCACACUAAUGUUAGCAUGCUAACAGUUAAUAUAUGUCAAGUAGCAAGUUACGAGUGUGAGACUUUCGGCUGCAAAAUUGGCUAAAAAGUUGGCAUGCUAACAUUUAGCAUGAGUCAAGUAUCACAUUAUAUGAGUCUGAUGCAUUUGGCUGCAAAUUUGCUGCAAAAAAGUUAGCACACUAAUGUUAGCAUGCUAACAGUUAAUAUAUGUCAAGUAGCAAGUUACGAGUGUGAGACUUUCGGCUGCAAAAUUGGCUAAAAAGUUGGCAUGCUAACAUUUAGCAUGAGUCAAGUAUCACAUUAUAUGAGUCUGAUGCAUUUGGCUGCAAAUUUGCUGCAAAAAAGUUAGCACACUAAUGUUAGCAUGUGUCAAGUACCAAGUUAUAUUAGUAUGGAACGUUUGGCUGCAAAAUGGGCUAAAAAGGUUAGCAUGCUCAUGUUUGUAAUGCUGUCCGAGGCUGAGCCAAUCAGUGGCCACGAUACUAAACAGGUCUGAUUGUUUUGGUCUCGUCUAGUGGCCAAUACUACUGUACUAUUGGUAUUUUGUUUUUCUUCAUUUAGCCAUUUUUAUGCUUGAAAAUGCUUAUUUUAUGGCAAAAUUACAUCUGCUGUGUUAGCGUUAGCACAAAGCUAAGAUGUUCAGAUAGUUUAGCAUGUAUUGAUUGACCUAUAUUGUAUUGCUUUUAGUAUCUUUAAUGUGCAAAAUGUAUCAAAGUGUCAAUUUUUCUCAAUAGAAAAAGUGUAUAGUUAACCUGUGCUGCUCUAAUAACGGUGCCAAACAUAGGUGCUGAACAAAGAGUUCACGCCUGAACUUACCACACAAUGCAGCUUGAUGGCAUUGAGGGCUCAGCACCAGCUUGUGCCUUUUGCCCAGUGACCUUUGACCCACGUCAAGAUGGGAAAUGUUUGCGUCUUCUCUACCUCUGCAUUCUUCUGGCUGAACGUGUCAGCUGUCAGAUUAGUUCAAGGCAGCGUCUGGUCGACAGGCUCGUGUUUUGGAAACAAAAAUGUCAGACCCUCAGGCAGCAAUUUUGUUUUGUUUACAUAGCUUAGCAUUUAUUUACAGUGGAUCGCUGUUUCCUA